UCAUCACAGGCAUCAUUGCCUCACGGUUGAAAUUCUCAAACCGAUUUGAAGAAAAUAUUCCUAACACAUUAAUAAACCAGCCGACUACGAUGAAAACUAGUAACGAAGCCACAGUAAUCAACGUCAAUAAUGACCUUUAUAGUAAAAAGAAUAAAGUUCUGGUUUAGAGCGCGGGUGAUACAGAAGUAUUCAAAGGUACAUGUUAAGUUAGAAACAGUUUUGUGACCAUCGUCGCGUCGACCGGCCGCGUGCAAGGCGCGCCGCGAACUCAGUGGGAAGAAGCCAUACGAUCACAUACCAGGAGCUUGCCACAGGAAACGAUCACCGACUCCCAAUUGAACAAAGUGACCCUUUAGACCACUGGACACAAAAGUUAUAGAAGAUGUCGAAGAAAGUAAUAGAAGUUAAGGGGCAGACGAGUCCCAGCAGCAGCGGCGAAAAUGUUUCGGAGAAAACCCCGCUCAUAGGCAGCAAGGAUGAAGGCACUGGUCAACGCCAAGGUCUGUCCAUGGAGCAGACGGCAAUCCUUAUAGCUGGGGAGAUGGCUGGCAGCGGCGUGCUGGCUCUACCACGAGCUCUCGCCAAGACUGGAUGGGUUGGAGUUCCGCUCAUCGUGUUGGUAUGCGUGGUGGCAGCGUUCAGCGGCAAGCGGCUUGGGGACUGCUGGUCCAUUCUGGAGGACCGCGACCCGGAGAUGAGGACCCGCAAGAGGAACCCCUACGCCAUUAUUGUAGAACAGGCGCUUGGCAAAACUUGGAGCAUUGUGGUAUCGAUGGCCAUGAUAGUGACUCUGUUCGGCGCGUCCGUGGUCUACCUGCUGCUGUCUGCACAGAUCAUCGAGGCCGUGCUGACCUCCCUCGUCCCAACCAUCACCAUCUGCACCUGGUACCUCAUCGUCGUUGGUGCCAUGACGCCACUUCUCUUCUUUGGAACACCUAAAGACUUCCAUUUAAUGGGAAUCCUCGCUUUCGGUUCAUCGUUACUGGCCUGCAUCCUGUACUUCAUUGAGAUGAUGAACGAGGCGACUCCCUUCACUUACCGCUACGGAAUCCACGGAUUCAUGGACUUCUUCUUAGCGUACGGAACCUUCAUGUUCGCGUUCGGCGGAGCCUCUACCUUCCCCACCAUACAAAAUGACAUGGCCGACAAGAAACAGUUCGGGAAGAGCCUUCACUACAGUUUCUUUGCGGUACUAGUACUGUACCUGCUCGUGGCGAUUGGAGGAUACAUGGUCUACGGCGAGCGCGUGCUGCCUAACCUGGCCCUCUCGAUGUCUCCAACACCGCUGACCCUGGCUGCCAACGUGCUGAUGGCCAUCCAUUUACUCUCCGCGUUCGUUAUCAUUAUUAACCCUGUUUGCCAGGAGAUCGAGGAACUCUACAAUGUCCCCAGAGAUUCCGCUGGCUGGCGCAUGAUAGUCCGUCUUUCCAUAAUGGCUGCGAUCUUGUUCAUCGGCGAGAGCAUUCCUCGGUUCUACACUCUUCUGGCUCUUAUCGGCGCCACCACCAUCGCUCUCCUCACUUACAUCCUGCCAUCAGUAUGUUACCUGAAACUGAUCAGUCAACCACCCAGAGAGGGACAGACGCCUGUUGAAACUCCAGGAUGGAGGAAGAUGGUGUGCUACGAGGUGAUUGUCCUGGGUGUGGUGGGAAGCAUCGCUGCCUCUAUCAGUGCUAUGAGCGCCAUCUUCAGCACAUCCAUGGCCGUGCCCUGCUACUUGUGAUCACAUAUCAAAAUAGGAGUCGACCUGAUCACACUGCGAAGGACACUGUCACACUUCGUGUUAUAGCAAUAUAUCGAUGUAUAAACGUAGUAUUUGAUAUAAACUUGUAUCUUUAGAUAUUUUUAUACCAUAUAGAGUUUUUCUUUUAGAAAUAAGUACCGUCUUUGCUUCAAGUUUCAGCAAUACAUCAAUUUUACUAGUUUGUAACGCACCAUUAAAGUUGUUAAGUAUUGUCAGUUUGUCACGUCUUGACUAACUGCCGAAUUUGCUCGAUAGUCGUAAGGCCUUAUUAUUAAGAUUCUUUUGCCAUUUUGACGAGAUUACUAGUUUAAUCCUUUAAGAAUCUGUUCCAAUAUGUACCAAUUAGCAUUUAAAUCGCCGCAUUUUCAUUAUGAACACUGACAAUUAUGAAUUAGGUAGAGAUAUUCCAUAGCUACAUCUAGGUACCUGUCGUGUGCCGCUGUGCUAGGGCUUACCUCUUACUUCUACAUAACUGCAAACAGCUGCUCUGUUCCACAACUGCAUAAAUAUUGCUUUAAGACGUGAUGGUAGGCCCUCAGGUUUUCUGGCGCCCUUUUAGCAUUGUUACGCUUCAACACGCAACACAUCGUCAUACGAAAUAAAUGGUUAAGUUUAA